AUGGCUCUGGGCUACCCCAUGGCCAUGGUCCUCAGCAAGGGCUACAAGGUGACCAAGAACGUCAGCAAGCCGAGGCACAGCUGCUGCUGUGGGAGCCUCACCAACUUCAUGCAAGACAUGAUCCGGGAAGUGUGGUGCUUUGCCCCUUAUGAGUGGCGGGCCAUAGAGCUUCUCAAAGUCCCCAUCCACAAGCAGGCCCUCAAGUUCAUCAAGAAAAGGGUGGGAACACACAUCUGUGCCAAGAGGAAGAGAGGGGAGCUGAGCAAUGUCCUGGCUGCCAUGAGGAAAGCGGCAGCCAAGAAGGACUGA